AUGAUGUCUCCGGAGGGCAACGGAGAGCAGGCGGUUGGGUCGGUGUAUCCUGUCGGGGUGGCAACGCCGCCGGUGGUCGCCAAGAGGAUGCGUUUCGCGAGCGCUGACGAGGACACAAACUACGUGGGUGGGACAUGCGCAAAGGACACCUUCGAGGACGACGAGUUCGAGCUGGGUGGCGGUGGAGGUGCCGGUCCGCUCGAGUGCACAGCCGGAAGCGAUCGCAGCAGUAGCAGUAGUUGCGCGACGGUGAUCUACGGUGCCAGUGCCGGUGACAGUGGCCCCGUUGUCGGUGGCAAGUGUGCCGAACUGACGAUCGACAACAAUAAUAGCCCGUUUGGUGGCGGUGGUACUGAUGGUGGUGGAGGUAGUAGCGGCAUUAGCAGCAUCGCGCACAACAACAACAACAACAACAACAACAACAAUUCGAUCAAGAGUCGACUCAGUGAGAUGGACGAGGUCAAGUUUAGUGAGUUCAGCAAAUUUCUCGCCGACAGCGAGAAGGACGAAAGCAUGGCGACCAUCCUGGAGCUGCUGCAUGACAAUUACGGAUUGAUUCAACGCUACGCGUCCGGAUACGAGUGCAAACACGACAAGUGCCAAUACGAGAACCUGCACGAGCAUUUCCACUGCCAUGACACGUUCUGCCGGGGGAAAGUGCUGUACAAGAAGUAUGAAAUCAUACGGCACCUGAAGUGGCACAAAAAGCGCAAGGAAUCGCUAAAGUACGGAUUCUAUCGGUUCUCGUCGUCGGACGAUUGCAGCAUACAGUACGGAGCGUGCCAGCAUAACCACAAGCACACGCACUAUCACUGUGUGCACGACAACUGUGAUAAAGUGUACAUUAGCACGAGUGACGUUCAGAUGCACGCGAACUACCACCGGAAGCAUGAGGCAAUCGUCAAAAAUGGAUUCCAGCGCUUUCGUGCGACCGAAGACUGCAACACCGAUUACUGCAUAUUUCGAGCGCAACGAACAACGCAUUUCCACUGUCGACGUGAGAACUGCAAGUAUGUCUUCAAAAACAAAGCCGAUAUGGAGAAACACAAAACAUACCACCUGAAGGACGAAAUGCUCCUCAGGGACGGCUACAAGAAGUUCCUUAAGACGGAGGACUGCACCUACAAGGACUGCCGGUUUUCGAGGGUGUGCAAUCACAUCCACUGCAUGCACGAAAACUGCCACUACGUGCUGCACUCAAGCGGCCAGCUGCUAAGCCACAAGCGAAAGCACGAACGCAUGGACACGGAGGUGGACUACCGGCGGUUUCAGAUGGCACGCAAUCUGCUCACCAAGUUCAACCAGAGCAAAACGGAGGAGGGCGUCAAGCCAAUCGGUGAGGCUGUUCCCGGACCCUCAGAACCUUUACUGGUCAGCGAGGAUGAACCCAGGCUAUCUCCCAUCCCGCUUCCGACCCAAGAGAGUCCGGUGAAAAACCCUUUCCUUGAUCUGCUCUCGGUGAUGGCCGAGAUCACCUUCCGAGCGCUACCACUGCAGAUGAUGUACCAGAUGCGGAUGCAGCUGCUGCAGCAGAUGAGCUACGAGCAGGUUUUCUCGCCGGAUAACGUGGAAAUGCUGCGCAACCUGACGAUGAUGGGCAGCAUCGAGGAGGCGUACCUUCAGCAGAUAUACGGGAGUGGCCCUCUGGCGGUGGAUCCGGUUAGUAGCCAACUCCACCCAGCGGUAGCUACGAUGGCGCACGAUAAACCACCACCAGCGAAGCGGAAAUACAAGCCUAACGAGUCGUUAGAGCUGCUGGAAUCGCCGGUCGAAACUCCGAUGUUCAUGAAGAAAGAAACACUUAGCAGUACGCCACCCCGAUCAAAGCUGCUCUCGAAUCCUGCGGUAGACUAUCGUUUGCUGAAGAAAGAAGACGCGAGUUCGCCACUGGCAACGACAUCGACUGAUCGUACGAUCGAUCCUUCCACGGCGGUGGUUGAUCGAGAUCGAGCGUUGCUAGAAACGGCCAACUUCCUGCAGUUCAGCUCCAGCAAAACGCUGUUCAACCGCAAGCGAGGUCGUCCGCGAAAGAACCACGUCAUGGAGGUGUACAACAACGUCCAGGACUCGCCUCAGGCCAUAUUUACCAGCUUCAAGCUGGAGAAGAGCGACUCCAGGACGACGUCCACCGAGGUGCAUGCCAGUGCCAGUGUGCCUGCUAGUGUGAUGGAUACGGAACGAAAUGGUCUUUCCGACGCUGGUAGAGCCGGUCUUUCUUCCGAAGGAGCAACACUAAAAAGCUCAGUACUCCAGCACACGUCCAGUGCCGCUGGGUAUGCAGGUUCGACUAGCGGCACACCACACCUUGGAGGGAUGGAUUCGGCGGCCAUCUUUGGAAACUUUUCACAGCUGCUAGAGCGUCAUAUGCGUGAGGUAAAACAAGAUCCCGUACCGACCGUACCGACGCAUGAAACUCGCAAUCACCUGAAAUGUGUCGUUUGUCGGAAUCUGUUUGAGACCUUCGCGGACAUCAAAAACCAUGAGUGCCGCGGUGAUCGAGCGGCGUUGGACAAACCCUUGCUAGCAUUUCCACCAACGCUGGUUCACGCCAGUUGUCCACCGGUUGCGGUGGAUUACCGGAGAUCGCCCUUUUCCGGAGCAGAGCUCGAUGGUACGGUGCCAUCUUCCCGGAGCGCAGGUGUGUCGUUGAUGGCCGCUCCGUCGCUACAUCCGCCGCAGCAAACGCAGACACGGGACUCGAUUUCACUGGUAAAAACGGCCGGCACCUUCUUUCCGGACGUGAACGCAAACAAACUGAAGUACACGUGAGCGUGCAGUUGUAAAUAAAAUGUGAAACUCUGUUAACCAUAGCUAGUAGAGCAACCGCACUGUCAUAAGGUGUCAUAGAUCGGUGAAAUAAGUGGUGGAUUUUGUUUAAGUUGGACAACUGUAGCGUAGAAAAUGAGGCCAAAGGGAGUUCGAAAUCGCUCUUCCCGUA